AUGAGAGUAUUACUAGAAUCACAAGAGUUAUGGACGAUAGUGGAAGAGGGAUACUCCGAUCUGCCUACAAAUGCGUCUGAAAGCGAUCAGAAUAUUGAAAGGGAGAAGAUCAAGAAAGAUCGGGAAGCGUUACACAUAAUGUUUCAGGCUGUCAGUGAAACGAUAUUCGAGCGAGUGGCGACGUGUAAAACUUCAAAGGAAGCGUGGGAAAUUCUGCAUAAGGCAUAUAGGGGAGAGAACAGGGUCAAAACGGUAAGGUUACAAACCCUCAGAUGUGAAUUCGAUGCAUUAAAAAUGAAAGAUAGUGAAUCUAUAGAGGAUUAUAUUAAUCGGACAACGGUAAUAGUUAAUCAACUCCGUUUAAAUGAAGAACGGAUAGAGGAACAAAGGAUUGUAGAAAAAUUUUUAAGAAGUUUAACCCGGAAAUAUGAAUCGGUGGUUGUUGCCAUAGAAGAAUCUAAGGAUUUGAACGCAAUUUCCACUGAAGAACUCCAGGGAAUUUUACAAUCACAUGAAUUACGGUUGAAGCAAUAUGAUGAUGCACCAACCAAAAGGCUUUUCAAAUACAAAGCAAUCAAUAUGACAGAUCAAGACAGUCAAGAUCAGAAAACAGUAGCAGAGGACGGAGCAAGGGAAGAGGAAAGUUCAACAGUUCAAUACGAUGUUUCAAUUGUCAAAAAUUGGGACAUGUGGCACGCUUCUGCAAUAAGAGAAGUGAAGAUGAUAAAUCUAAUACAGCACUCAUACACACUGAUGAAACAGAAGACGGGAAUGAUGAGACUAUGUUCAUGA